AUGGAGUCUGUGAUUUAUAUGAGUGAGUGUGCGCCACAUCAGAGGGUCAAGUAUGUAGUUGGAUCCCUUACUGAUAAAGCUUUGACAUGGUGGAACACUCUAUUGAGAGCUAAGGGAAGGACUGCUGCUGUAGCUAUGCCGUGGGGAGAGUUUAAGGAAUUAAUGUUGAAGAAGUUUUGUUCAGGAGUGGAAGUUAAUAGGUUGGAAAGGGAAUUCGAAGAACUCAAGAUGACUAGAGCUGAGCACACAAAGUACACUAGUCGAUUUGAAGAGUUGUCCAGGCUUGUUCCGCAUCUGGUGACACCGGACUCCAAGGGUAUUCAGAAGGACGACCCCACUUCUAUGCAUGAAGCAGUGUUGAGAUCUAAGGCUAUUACAGAUGAGUUGGUUCAAAGUGGAGUUCUAAGUAAGUCCAGUGAGAAGAGGAAGGAUUGGGGGGAAACAAGCAAAUGGAGGGGUGACAAGAAGGAUAAGAGGGCCAAGACUGGGAAAGUGUAUGCAGCGACUGAGAUGGUUCAGAAGGGUUAUGUGGGCCCGCACCCCCUAUGUGGCAAGUGUUAUCUGCACCAUUUGCCAACAUCACCAUGUAAGACUUGUUUCAACUGUCAGAGGUUUGGCCAUCUUGCAAGAGACUGUAGAGCACCACGAGUACAAGCAGCCCCACUGAAUGUUGCACCGUUGAAUGCCAUCCCACCUAAUGCCAGAAACCUUCAAGGUAACCGAGGAACUUGUUAUGAGUGUGGGAGCACUGACCACUAUCGUAACACAUGCCCCCGACUUAACCGACAGCCAGCCCCAGCAACAGUGAACCGUAACCAGCUGCAGAUUGCCGGUCCAUCUCCACCAAGAGCAAACCAGGGUCAGCAAGCCAGAGGUCGAGUCUUUGCCCUAAACGCUGUGGAAGCUGCAAAUGAUCCUAACGUUGUCACUGGUACAUUUUUUCUGAACGAUCAUGUUGCUACUGUGUUAUUCGAUUCUGGAGCCGACUAUAGCUUUAUGUCCACUAACUUUCUGUGUAACUUAAAUGUGCCAACCUGUUACUUGCAUACUUGUUAUGAGAUUGAGGUAGCUAGUGGUAAACUAGCUAGGCUAGACAGGGUAGUGCCUAAGUGUAUACUUACUUUAGAGGGCUACUCGUUCUAUAUUGAUUUGAUUCCUUUCGGAAUGGGUAGUUUUGAUGUUAUAGUUGGGAUGGAUUGGUUGUCCCGUGUGGAUGUAUCCAUCGUAUGCCACGCCAAAAUCCUUAAGAUACCUAUGAGUGACGGUUAUGUAUUAGAAAUUCAUGGUGAACGAACAGAAACUAUUGGCCAACACCUUAAGAGUGCUACCGAUAAAGUAGCCAAGAUUUCUGACAUUCCUAUCGUAUGCGACUUCCUUGAUGUUUUUCCUGAUGAUGUGGUGGGAUUACCCCCACCUCGGCAAGUCGAGUUUCGCAUUGAUCUAGUACCCGACGCUAUGCCAAUAGCGAAAACAUCGUACCGUUUGGCUCCUUUCGUAUUGCAAGAACUAGCAACACAAUUGCAAGAAUUACAAGAUAAGGGAUUCAUUCAACCGAUUUCUUCGCCUUAA